UGCUAGGUUCUUGCGGCCUGUCCAGGUGUCAGCCCAAACUAGCCAUGGUUCGGGAACACAUCGCGGUGUCAAACCACCUUAACCCGAGUCAGCAAAGCCGGGACGAAGGAACAUGAGGUCGGAGCGGGGUUAAGGGGGGAGAACCGUCUUAUCUGGGUGGAUCAGUGGAGCAAUUCAAAUGUGCACUACUGGGACGUUUUGAUAUUUCAUAAACGACAGGAGAGUUAGCAAGGAGGGCUAGCGGCAACUUCAGGUAGCAGAUCAACAACAAAACCACAACAGUGUGUGUUUUGGGGGGCUUGAACCACAAGGUUGCAGCCGUCAGGGAGGAAGGAGGGAAGAAGAAGGGACCGGAGGACUCUGCUCCUCUCUUUUGGCGAGCUGAGAGAGAGAAGGGAUGAAGAAGAGGGAAUAAAUAGGCUGAGAGAGGCAGAGGACGGAGCCCGGGGAAUACGGCGUCACCCUCACUCCAGGAAAGCUCUGCCAGAGGAAACGGCUCGCCCACUACACUGUGUGCCCAUUAGAGCUCGCGCUAGCCCCCAACGUUCGCUCUCGUGCCGGUGGACAAAGAUAAGUCUUUAGGAAAAAGAAAACGCGCGAGCCCUAACCGUGGUGCUGGCCAGGCACGUACCGGCCUGCUGUACAGGCAAUUUCGAAGCACUGGCGAAAGGGGGGGGGGGGUGAGCGCGCGCACGCGGUGUGUUUUUUAGGGGUAAAGUAGCACCGCGAGCCCCAGACCGAGCAGUCCCCGACAGCUUGCGUGCUGGAGGUAGGCUUUGAUUGUUGGAGAUUUAUGGCGGAGCCGAGUCAAGAUUUACGACUUUUAACAAACGCUUUACGUUGUGUUAUAGAAGCGUUCUAAUGGACACAGAAUGCAACAGUGCGGGUUAAACGCCGUGCUAAACUGCCAUGCAUGUUGUUUUAGUGCCAUUUUGGACUCGAGUAGCCUACACGUUAUAACAAAGCCAAACCGCCUGACUGCUCUUAAUUGCGCACUGACAGUCAGUGAAAAGUAGCCCACAUCCAAGGUUUUCCGAGAAGGGAUUCUCUGGUCUCCUUUACUCCAUCCGGUGUCUCCGUCCGUGGCCAAAAACCAGACUGCAUCCAGGGAAAAGCACGAGAGCCGGAGGACAGACACCCCGAGAGAGAGCAGUUCUUAGGAGCUUUCUGGAAGCCGUUUCCUUGCAUCACAACACCAGACAAUAAGAAGAAAUCUCUCGGUCAGAUUGCAGGGGACCACUGGAGAGACACCGUCACGUGACCCCCGGUACCAAAUGGUCUUCCGGCAGUGGCUCUCAACAAGGACCGGAGCACAAGAAGACGCCGCCACUUCUCUCAGAAAUGCAGAAGACAACAUACUACGACAACUCCUCUGCGCUUUUUGGCGGCUACUCGUCCUACCAGGUGCAGGGGGCGGCAGCGGCAGCCGCCAACGGCUUUGGGGGCUACGAUGCACCGGUCCCAGUGGCCCACCAUCAGCCGGCCUUCCAGUCAGCGACCCAUCUGGAUGUGGAUUCGUACCAGCGCUCGGCCUGCUCUUUACAGUCACUGGGCAGUAACAGUGGCCACCAGCAGCAGCAGCAGCUAGCCAAGACCAAGGAGCUGAAUGGCAGCUGCAUGCGGCCCAGUCUGCCGCCUGAGCACCACCCCAGCUCCCAGGUGUCCCCCCCACUGCCCCCCAACCCCAGCAACGGCAAUACUGGGGCUCAGCAGCCGGGGGGCAGUGCUGGGGCCUCCUCGGCCUCUAAAUCAGGCUCCAAUAAGUUGUCUAAUUGUUCCUCCUCCACAUCGUCCUCCACAUCGUCAUCCUCUUCCUCACUGCCCCCCAACCCGACGAUGGCCAAGCAGAUCUUUCCCUGGAUGAAAGAAUGUCGACAGACGACCAAGCAGAAAAACUGUUCCCCCAGCAACAACUCUGGCAACGCGUCAGGAGGAGCUGAGAGCGGCAGCAGCGGGGAGAAGAGUCCUACAGGCGGCUCGUCGGCGUCAUCUAAGCGGGCUCGCACGGCGUACACCAGCGCCCAGCUGGUUGAGCUGGAGAAGGAGUUCCACUUCAACAGGUACCUGUGCCGGCCGCGGCGCGUGGAGAUGGCCAACCUGCUCAACCUGUCCGAACGCCAGAUCAAGAUCUGGUUCCAGAACCGACGCAUGAAAUACAAGAAGGACCAGAAGUCCAAGGGCCUGAGCUCCAGUUCUGGAGGGCCCUCACCGACUGGCUCCCCACCCCUGACCAUGCAGUCCUCCGCCAGCUUCCUCAACUCAAUGCACCCCAUGGGAGGGGGAGGUGGGGGAGGUGGAGGAGGCUAUGACGUCCCCUCUCCGCCAUCCUUCGGCAAACCCCACCAGGGAGUGUCUUACUCCAUGUCCACUGCCUACUCCAAUGUCCCCAUGAAGGGCUGCCCCCCCCAACAGAAGUAUGGCGCCCCAGACCAGGACUAUGGCGACCCCCAUCCUCACCACGGCCUCGUGCAGGCCAACAACGCUGGCUACGGGACUCCCACCAGUAUGCAGGCCAGUCCAGUCUACGUGGGGGGUGGCAGCUAUGUGGAACCCAUGCCUGGCUCGGGGCCCUCCAUGUACGGGCUAAACCACCUCGGCCCCACCCCAAACCACCAUCAAACCAUGGACUACAAUGGCGCGGGGCCUAUGUCAGCCACCAACCAGCACCACGUGGGCGGAGGGGGCCCCCCGGGUCCCUGUGACCCGCCCACGCACCCAACGUACACCGAGCUGUCGGCGCACCACACCUCGACUCAGGGCAGAAUCCAGGAAGCACCCAAGCUCACUCACCUGUAGCAGGUUUGGAACAAAAUGACAACGUAGGAAAUAGCGAAGACAACGCAAAACACGUAAGACGACGUGACUCAUUAACAGACUAACUAACACGUGGGGACUCUAUUGCUGCAACGGGACGGCAGGAGAGACCAAAGGAGACAGACAGGAGCCAUCCAGUUGUUUUGUCCCGUGCAGCCACAAAGGGGAGCAAUCAGUGUUUCGUGUGGUCCACCCCACCCUGUUCCACUGCCUUCUGAUUAGGGCUAGAGCUUUUACUGUUACCUUUAAAGUGCAGUUAACUUAAUUUAAAAAUUACAGUAGUAGUACCGACGAACCAUUCAUGUUGCAGAAAGAGACAAUAAGGCACAUCUCAGUGAAAUCAAUGGUAGUUACAAACACAUUUCCAAGGAUCUUUUUAAGCCGGGACCAAACUUAUUAACUUACUCUCUGCUACUGAAACGUUACAUCAUACACGAAAUGAGGGAAUCAAAUUUUUAAACCAUUUAACAAUGCAUUAUCAGUUUAUUGCAUUAUUGUUUAGUUUUAACGUAAAUAUUUGACUUACACAUUCAAAAUGUUUUACUGUGCAUUAUCAGUGAUUGAGUUCUCAUUUUAGAACUAUCGGUCUCUUUUACCCAUGUUUACGCAUUUAACAUUGGCUUUUUAAGAGCUAUUUACACUCUUGAGAGUCCCAGGCCAGUGAAGCAUAUUGUAGGCGUGGGAGAAGAAGUGUCCAGUCAAUUGUGUCCCAUGUCCCCCUGGGGACGAUAAAUGUCAGGAAGCUCAUCUUGUGGCACUGGUGCGGAGACGUAUCGGCAGCUGUAUGGCAUGACAGGAUCUAUGGUGAUGGCGCCAUUGUUUAGUCAGUAUUCAUUAGACUGGUAAUCUACUUCACAGUCAAUCAGAAAACUGCAAUACAGACUACUGUACUCAAACAGAGCAGAUGUCAGUUUUUCGUUAAAAAUAUUUCUUAGAAUCCCCCCCAAAAAACCUAACAUGAAAGUACGAUCUAUUGGUUACUCAGCAACAUAAUUUCAAAACAAUUUGUGUGUGGGUGGAGCACAUUGCAGGAGGAGCUCAGCUAGCAUGGUGUUGGAGCUAGUACGGGGUUUCAAAUUGUACUUUUAUAAUAAAAUAGUUCCCCAUAAGACACACAUAUACAAGCAGCUCUCCCGCUAAAUGACAUAGUCGAGAUUUGAAUGGGCCGUUAACGAGGUGGUUAGAUUUAUGAUGCUGAGCUCUCUCCCUCUAGGCAACUCAUGUUGUUGUCAGCCGAGCUGAGCUAUGUGGAGGCCUCUGCCUCUCCAUCAGCCAGAGAGAGAGAGAGAGAAAGCAAAUGGAUGGGUCGAGCUGGCAGUACUCGUCCUUCCUCUGUUCCUCCGAAGCACAUAAAAACCACUGGAUGCUCUCCCCUCUCCGCUGUCUCUUUUUGCCUCCUGCCGUACCCGUCUCCGUCGGUCCAGACUGAAUCACUACUAACCCUCCGUCUCUUGUCUGUGGCAGCAGCACAUGGCUUCUGAAGGAGGCAAAAAUUCCCACAAUCCGCCACAGACCGCCCCCCCCCCUUCCUCUCUCACACACACACACACACACACACACACAGACACAUCCAUCACCGCACUCACCACCCCUCCCAUCAAUCUAACAGGGUUUAAGAAGCAAGCUCAAAGGCUAAACUAGCUCCCAUAGACACGCAUCUGUGCUAAGCUACGCUAGUUCAUCACAGCCUCCAUUCACACACACACACACACACACACACACACACAGCAAUGCUAAGCUAGCUUCCUUUCGUUGACACACAUCCACAGCCAGGUUAUGCCAGCUGUUGACAUCUUUAAACAAACACAAUGAGAGGACAUGAAAGAGACAUUUUAAUGUUCUUAUUUUUAGCACAUCAUCGACACAGGGUAAAUAAAAAGAGUGGAGAACACUAUUUAUUUAUGUUUGGGUAAUUCAUUACCCUCCUCUCUCUCUCUCUCUCUCUCUCUCUCUCUCUCUCUCUCUCUCUAUCACUUUGGAACGGUUCACUUGCAUUAACGAACAACAAUGCGAAGAAGUCCACAUUUUAUAUUGUUUGGUUUUGUUCUCACAUAUCUUGACUUUUAACGUGGAUACAGGGUAUAUAUUUGAACAAAAAUGCAUGUCCCAGAAAUUGGAGCUGAGGUGUAUCGCACAUUUUUAAACUACUUUACUAGGUUGAUUUGUUUCAACGGUCAGUGAGUGGAGUUUCGGGACAACACACAUGUCCGGCGGUUUCAGCCAGUGUUUAAGCAGCAUGGGUUGACCCCCCCACUACUCUCUCGGCCGUUCUGGAAAUCAACCUUUGGUAUGUUUUUUUUAAAAGUGCAGAUUUACACAAACACUUUCCACAUCUGGGCAUCAUUGUUGCACUUAGAGUUUACAUUUUGAUGGUUAAAAGGAAAAAAAAUAAUAAUAAUAAAAUCUUAUUUUAAAGACGGUAGGCCCUCCAAUCAAAGCGUCUUUCGCCAAUGUGUGUUCAAGUGAACAUUCAUAUAUAAAUAUUUAUUUGUUAUAGCCAGUUCAAAAAGACUUUCUGUUUUGUAUUAUUAUUAUUAUUAUUAUUAUUAUUUAUCCUUCAUGUAUUUAUAUCGAGAAAAAAUACUGUACUUUUUUAGUAUUUACCUGUUAUGAAAGAAAAAAAAAAACAUUGUGUUUCUUCUUGUCCCUUGUACUGAAGUUACAUUUUUUAGUUCUUGUAUUUUAGAAGAAAAUAAGUAGUUUUUAUGUUCCUAUAAUGACCCAUGUACAUACAUGUCUUGGCUUGUACAGGGAAAAAGGCAAGGAUGGGGAUUGGUGACCCAUCCGUGCAUAGUCUGAAAAAUUUAGACAAACUAUUAGCUGGAAAAAAAAUGAACGAGUCUUUUUGGAGAAAAACAACUUCUUUUUUUGUCCUUUGUAGCUCCUUUUUCUUUCACUGUUGAGAGAGUUGUCUGUCGAACAAUUCUUUAAUAAAAUGUUAUGUUAUUCAGAGAUAUCGUCA